GGACUCGGCCCAAAAAGCGGCGGGCGUCGGAGGUGGCUGCGGCAGCUGAUGUGGCCUCAUGGAUGAGCUGGUACAUGACUUAGCCUCAGCCUUGGAGCAGACAUCUGAGCAGAAUAAGCUUGGUGAGCUGUGGGAGGAGAUGGCCCUGAGCCCUCGGCAGCAGAGGCGGCAGCUUCGGAAACGCCGAGGCCGGAAGCGUCGUUCAGACUUUACUCACCUGGCAGAGCAUACCUGCUGCUACAGCGAGGCCUCUGAGUCAAGUCUGGAUGAGGCCAUUAAGGACUGUCGAGAAGUGGCCCCAGUCACCAAUUUUAGUGACUCAGAUGACACAAUGGUAGCCAAACGGCACCCAGCUCUCAAUGCCAUUGUUAAGAGUAAGCAACAUUCUUGGCAUGAAUCUGACUCCUUUACUGAAAAUGCACCUUGUCGACCACUCAGGCGCCGGCGGAAGGUAAAGCGAGUGACAUCAGAGGUGGCUGCCAGCCUUCAGCAGAAGCUGAAGGUGUCAGAUUGGAGCUAUGAGAGAGGCUGCAGGUUCAAGUCUGCUAAGAAGCAACGUCUGUCCCGCUGGAAGGAGAAUACUCCCUGGACCUCAUCAGGCCAUGGGUUGUGUGAAUCAGCAGAAAAUAGGACUUUCCUAAGCAAAUCGGGGAGGAAAGAAAGGAUGGAGUGUGAAGCAGAUGAACAAAAACAGGGCUCUGAUGAGAACAUGUCAGAAUGUGAAACCAGCAGUGUGUGUAGCAGCAGUGACACUGGGCUCUUUACCAAUGAUGAAGGACGGCAAGGGGAUGAUGAGCAGAGUGAUUGGUUCUAUGAAGGAGAAUGUGUCCCAGGAUUCACUGUCCCUAAUCUUCUGCCCAAGUGGGCUCCUGAGCAUUGCUCUGAAGUAGAAAGAAUGGAUUCUGGACUGGAUAAACUUUCAGAUUCCACAUUCCUUUUACCUUCUCGGCCAGCUCAAAGAGGGUAUCAUGCUCGCUUGAAUCGUCUGCCUGGAGCUGCAGCUCGAUGCCUCAGAAAGGGGCGGAGAAGGCUUGUUGGAAAGGAGACCAUAAGUACUUUGGGUACUGAGAGGAUAAGCCAUAUCAUUAGUGACCCUCGGCAGAAAGAUUUCUGGUUACCAUCAGCUGGGAAAAGAGAACGAAAUCAGUUUAAUCCCCUUUCUCCUCUGUACUCCCUGGAUGUUCUUGCUGAUGCUUCUCACCGAAGGUGUUCACCAGCACACUGCUCUGCCAGGUAAUUGUCCUC